AUGGCUGCCUCAGAGCCUGCACACGUACCCAUCCCGAAGAAUGGCGUCGACUACCGCGGCUGCGUGGUGCUUGCGCCUAUGGUGCGCUCCGGCGAGUUGCCUUCACGGCUGUUGGCGCUGAAGUACGGCGCAGAUCUGGUGUGGGGUCCCGAGACUAUCGACCGCGCAAUGAUCGGCACAACACGGCGCCUCAACCCCCACACUCAAACCCUCGAAUGGUCGCGCCUGCCAACCUCGAAAAUCGUAAACCCAAAUCUCGACCCAGAAAACCGCGAGUCCGUACUCUACCGCAUCCAUCCGGAGCUUGAAAAGGGCAAGCUUAUCUACCAGAUGGGCACCGCGAAUCCCGAACGCGCCGUGCAAGCCGCCAAAAUGGUCGCCGCAGACGUUGCAGGCAUAGACGUCAACUCUGGGUGUCCAAAGCCGUUCUCGACGGCGGGCGGUAUGGGUGCUGCGCUUCUCAAGACGCCAGACCUGCUCUGCAAUAUUCUGACGAGCCUGGUGGAAGAAGUGGGCAAGCCGUACGAGAUCGGCAUCAGUGUUAAGAUUCGGAUUCUUGAUGAUGCAGAGGACACGAGGAGACUUGUGGAAAGACUGGUUAAGACGGGCAUUACUGGCCUCACAGUGCACUGCCGCACGACACCCAUGCGGCCCAGGGAGAGGGCGAUCCGAGGACAGCUAAAGAUGGUUGGCGAGAUCUGUCGCGCUGCGGGUGUUGCGUGCGUCAUGAACGGCGACGUGACAAGCCGGGCCGAGGCACUGGCACUGAUGAAAGAAUUCAACGUCGACGGCGCCAUGAUUGCUACUGAGGCCGAGAAGAACCCCAGCUGCUUCAGACCAGAUGCUGAGGGCGGACCGCACGAGUGGAAGAGCCAGUGGAAGACAGUGGUUGCCGAGUACAUGAAGCUCGCGAUCCAAGUCGAGAACCGUUGGGGCAACACAAAGUACCUGCUCGGCCAGAUGAUUCCCGGGCGCGAGGAGGCAUACAAGGCCAUGAAUAAGAGCAAGUGCUAUGCUGAUGUCGUCAAGGCUCUUGGGCUCGAAAACGUAGAUGAUCUGCUGGAGAAGGCGAAGGUCGUAGACCAGCAUCUGGGGAUACCCAAGGAGGAGUUGAGCAAGGCGCAGAAAAGGCAGAGAGUGAAGGAGAGCCUGCAGCAAGGAAGCGCUGAGCAAGAGCAUGAGCACGAACAACCAGCAAAGCGCGUCAAGGCUCCUGAUUCUGCUAUCAUUGAUGGCAGCAUGGCAUCUACAGCCGAAGUCGCGACAGCACUAGCUGCCUAG